UGGUCGCGGGAGGGCGCUAACAAAGCUGUGAGAUAGCUUGAGAAAGGAAAAGGCCAAACGCUGGGAAGCAAUUCAAGUGGCUAUUUUCCAAAUACACCUAAACAUUAGUGAAUCAAAUGUCGAUGUUCUUAUCAAGUGAUGGCAGAAGAACAGUGUUCACAAAUCGAAGCUGAAUUGUAUUACCUCAUUGCCAGAUUUCUCCAGUCGGGACCGUGUAAAAAAUCGGCACAGAUCCUGGUUGAGGAACUGGAAGAGUAUGAGUUGAUCCCGAAACGAUGGAGUUGGGACGGCAAACAAUACAAACGAAACUUCCAAGACUGGGUGAUCUUGAACCAGCACAUCCCAGCAGACUACCUGGUGAGAGUAUGCCAACAGAUCGGUCCUCUCAUAGACAAGGAGGCCCCACCUAGUGUCCCUGGAGUCCAGACCCUCCUGGGCUUGGGAAGGCAGUCUUUGCUUCGCACAGCUAAAAGUUGUACCCACACAGAAUGGAGCGGAACUGCUGUUGCUGCGCUGCACCGGGGUCGACCCCCAGAACCACCAGUCAGCUUUGGGAAGCCCCCCAGCAUCGUGUCCAUCAUGGGUGCUCGCCAGGCUACUGGCACUGCCCGCUUCGGCCAUGCCCUGCCGUCCUACACCUACCAGCAUAUGAAGAUGCACAGGCGCAUCCUGGGCCACCUGUCCUCUGUGUACUGUGUGGCCUUCGACCGCAGUGGCAGACGGAUAUUUACGGGUUCUGAUGACUGUCUGGUGAAGAUUUGGUCCACGGAUGAUGGCCGGCUGCUGUCCACCCUGCGUGGCCAUGCGGCCGAGAUCUCCGACAUGGCAGUGAACUACGAGAACACGCUCAUAGCCUCGGCCAGCUGUGACAAGGUCAUCCGAGUGUGGUGCCUGCGCACCUGCGCUCCCAUCACUGUGCUGCAGGGCCAUGCAGCCUCCAUCACCUCUAUUCAGUUUUGUCCGGCGGUAAAAGGACCGAUGCGCUUCCUGGCCUCCACUGGCGCAGACGGCAUGGUGUGUUUAUGGCAAUGGCACUCGCUCAGCAUGAAGUUUGUUGACCGGCCAGUCAAGUUCAUUGAGCGGUCAAGGCCUGGGGUCCAGAUUUCCACCUCCUCCUUCAGCUGUGGUGGGAUGUUCCUGGCCACGGGCGGUACUGAUCAUGUGAUCAGGGUGUAUUACCUCGGCUCUGAAACACCCAUGAAGCUGUCUGAGUUGGAUGCUCACAUGGACAAAGUUGUGGUGGUCCAGUUUUGUAACAACAGUAACAGCCUGAGGUUUGUGAGUGGCAGCCGGGACGGCACGGCUAGGAUCUGGCAUUACCAACAGCAGGAGUGGAAGAGCAUUUCUCUGGACAUAGCCACCAGACUACCAGGGAGUGCUGUUGUGAAUGGCGAGGACAAGACCAAGCUGGUGCCGACGAUGGUGGCCUGGGACCGCGGUGACCGCACGGUCGUCACAGCGGUCUCUAAUUACCUGCUCAAAGUGUGGAGCUCUACCACGGGCCAGCUGCUGCAUGUGCUGUCUGGUCAUGAUGAUGAGGUGUUUGUCUUGGAGGCCCACCCAUUUGACCGCCGCAUCAUGCUGUCUGCUGGUCACGAUGGCAACAUCUACAUGUGGGACCUCGCCAAGGGAGCGAAGAUCCGCAACUUCUUCAACAUGAUUGAGGGCCAAGGCCACGGUGCAGCGUUUGACUGUAAGUUCUCAGCUGAUGGACAGCACUUUGCCUGCACUGACUCCCAUGGCCACCUGCUCAUCUUUGGCUUUGGAUGCAGCAGACCCUAUGAGAAGAUUCCUGACCAGAUGUUCUUCCACACUGACUUCCGGCCCCUGAUCCGGGACGCCAAUAACUUUGUCCUGGAUGAGCAAACCCAGCAGGCGCCCCACCUCAUGCCCCCUCCCUUCUUGGUGGACGUGGACGGUAACCCCCACCCCACCCACUACCAGCGCCUGGUGCCCGGCAGGGAGAGCUGCAAGGAGGAACAUCUGGUGCCCCAGCUGGGCUACAUGGCCAAUGGUGAUGGUGAGGUGGUGGAGCAGGUGAUUGGCCAGCUAACAGCAGAUGAGGGUCAGGGAGAAAGCCCAUUGGAUGUCCUGAUCAGACAGUUGCAAAACCAGCCGGAUGAGAGGCGGGACCAAGAGAGAGAGCCUGAAGGAGAGGGGGCUGGUGAGAGACCAGAGGUAGUGGGAUCGCCCCCUAACAUGGGCCUGAGGAGGAGUGGUCAGGUGGAGGGGGUGCGUCAGAUGCACCACAAUGCCCCUCGCAGUCAGAUGGCCACGGAGAGGGACCUGCUGGCCUGGAGUAGGAGGGUUGUGGUCAACGAAGUCCAGCAAGGGGUCCUCCGGGUGAUGGAAGAGACCAGACGGGCCAAAGGUGAGGUGGAGUGUUCCAUCUACAACACAGAGAGGAGGAGGAAGCCUGAACCCAGUUCUCCUAAGACUGAGCAGCAGGCUCCCUGCAAGCGCUCCCUGCGGCGGACCCAGAGGAAGAAGAAGCAGACCAGACCUCCACCAGCGUACCAGACCCGCUCAGCAGGAGAACGUCGUGUGAACAGGGGGAGGAUCUCUGACAGCCAGAUGGACUCAGACAGCGAUGGAGAGGCAGAGGAGCAGGCAGAAGCCAGCAACGCUUCCUCUGAUGGGGAAACGCAGUGGCAGAGUGACAGCAGUUCCAGUGUCUCCUCCAGUGACUACUCUGAUUGGACAGCUGAUGCGGGGAUCAACCUCCAGCCCCCCAAGCGGACCAGCAGAAGGCAGGUCCGACCGCCCGGUGGCUCCAGCAGUUCAGAGGAGGCCGAGGGCCAGGGAGAGGAGGCCGGAAGGAAGCAGGCGGAGGAGAAGAAGAAGAAGCCCAAGCAGACCAAACAGAAGAAACCUAGCUCGUCUCUGUCUCUGGCUGGGUGUGAUGCGGAGGAAUGGCUGCCCCCCUCCUGGAUCAUGGAGACCAUCCCCCGCCGCUCUCCUUUUGUGCCACAGAUGGGUGACGAGCUGAUGUACUUCAGGCAGGGCCACCAGGCCUACGUCAGGGCAGUGCACAGGGCCAAGGCCUACAGUAUCAAUCCUCAGAAACAGCCCUGGAACAAGCUCAACCUCAGGGACCAGGAGUCUGUGAAGGUGGUUGGCAUUAAGUAUGAGGUGGGCCCUCCCACCCUCUGUUGCCUAAAACUGGCCUUCCUGCACCCCAUCUCAGGCAAAAUGACCAAUGAGUCAUUCUCCUUAAAGUACCAUGACAUGCCGGAUGUCAUUGAUUUCCUGGUGCUCCAGCAGUUCUAUGACGAAGCUAAAGAGCACAACUGGCAGACUGGUGUGCGCUUCCGGAGCAUCAUCGAUGACGCCUGGUGGUUUGGCUCGGUGGAGGACCAACAGCCACUCCAGCCAGAGUACCCAGACAGCCUGUUCCAGUGCUACGCUGUCAAGUGGGAUAAUAGCGAGAGGGAGAAGAUGAGCCCUUGGGACAUGGAGCCCAUUUCUGAUGAAGCGGAGUUGCCAGAAGAGGUUGGUGACGGGGUGGUGGUGACAGAGGAGGAGGUGAAGGCUCGCCUCUACAGCCCCCAGGAGGGGGAGUGGGGGGCUCACUCACGGGACGAGGACUGCCAGAGGGUCAUCUUUGGCAUCAACGAUCUGCUUACACUGGACCUGGCCAAGGCGUUUGCUUCACCUGUGGACCUGCGGGACUACCCCCUCUACUGCACUGUGGUGGCCUACCCCACUGACCUCAGCACCAUCCACAGACGGCUGGAGAACCGCUUCUACAGGAGGAUCUCGGCUCUGAUGUGGGAGGUGCGCUACAUCGAGCACAACGCCCGCACUUUCAAUGAGCCCCAGAGCCCCAUCGUGGCAGCAGCCAAGGUGGUGACUGAUGUGCUCCUCCGCUACAUCGGGGAUCAGAGCUGCACAGACAUCUUAGAUCUGUGCCACAAGGUGAAGACGGAGCUGAGCAGUGGAGAAGACGAGACUGCUGAGGUGGACGUGGACUCUGACACUCCAGGGACAUCCACAGGACAACAGCGGGCCAAUCCCAGUCCUAAAAAGCGUGGGGUUGUGUUAGACGUGCGUGCGUGGCGGGGCCAAUGUCGGGAGCUGUUGCGGCGUAUGAUGGACGGCCCUGACUCUGAGCCCUUCAGACAGCCUGUGGACCUCUUCACCUACCCAGACUAUCGAGACAUCAUAGACACUCCCAUGGACCUGGGGACUGUUACAGAGGCGCUGGUCGUCGGAAACUACGAGAACCCCAUGGAGUUUGCCAAAGAUGUCCGUCUCAUUUUCAGCAACUCCAAAGCAUAUACACCUAACAAGAAGUCACAGAUCUACACCAUGACCCUGAGCCAAUCAGCCUUCUUUGAGAGACAAAUCAUCUCCAUCAUCUCCGACUACAAGUCUGCAGUCCAGAACCAGCGGAGGAGGAGUCGCCAGAGUGUCAGCUACAGGAAGAGGCUGAACAGUGGAGGCAGCUCCCCUCCCACCAGUCGACCCUCCAGUCCUAAAGGGAAGCACAAGUCGGGGAAGAAAGCAACACCCAAAAAAUCUCAACCCUCAUCUAAGAGCCUGUCUCGCAGGCCAUCUCAGGCGUCGGAGUCGAGCAGCGUGGUGGUGGAGGAGGACAGCCAGCCCUCGUCCUCCUCCAGCUCCGGGACAGGCAGCCACAUUGGGGGCCCAGGGGCCGACCGUGUCACCCGCAGUCGGACCACACCCAUCAAGAACUCGGGUAUUACUACACAGGAGCGUAACAGACCUCUCACCAAUGGUGCCAGACAGAGCCACCGGCGAAGAGUGCUGCAGGAGGGGGAGGAGUCUGGAGGAUCCAAAAGCUCCUCUUCAUCAUCGUCUUCCUCAUCAUUGUCCUCAUCAGACAGUGAUUCAGACAGUGAGUCGGAGGUUGGGAAGUUUGUGGAGGGAGGAGAUCACGACUACAGCAAAGCCCCCUGCUUAAAGACCCGCCACAAAGCCAAGGGCAAGAUGGACGUUUCUGGGAAGAGGCGGCGGAAAGAAGAACAGGAGGCGGAGGAGGCUCCAGAGAGAGCCAAGAGAGCACGAGUCCAGGCAGAGGAUGAGGAGGAGGAGAAGGAUGAAGAAGAUGACGACGAACAAGAUGAAGACAAUGAGGAGGAGGAAGAAGAAGAGGAGCCACAGCCGCAACCGCAGACCGCAGAGAGAGGAGGAGGAUGACGAGGAGGAGCCUGAGGAGGAAGAGGAGCCUGAGGAAAAGGAGGAAUCGGAGGACGACUCUGAGCAGGGUGAGGGUGGGACAGAGGACGGUCAGAAAAGCAGUAGCCGCAGUAAGUCUGGUCAGGUGAACACCCGGAACCAG